AUGGCCGAUGACGAGACGGACAUAGGCCAGCUGUCCCCAACCCAGCAGGAGGCCCUCCAACAGUACCUGGCCGUGACGAACCAAGAAGUCAAGGAUGCGGUUCCGCUACUGCAACGAUCACAAUGGAAUGUGCAGAUCGCCAUUGCCAAGUUCUUCGACGGUGAAGGACCCGAUCCUUUAGCCGAAGCCAUGGCGGCCGACCAAGCCAUCCCGCAAGUCGCCGCACGACAUGAGAACCUGCAGCAAAGCCUGCUCGCAUCCGAAUUCAGCUCGAGAGCUGCGCCGCGCCGCGACCGCACAGAUCCUGCCCCACGUAUCGUCCCUCAGACGACGACGACGACGCAAGGCACGCCUUGGCUGCUGGGCCUGCUGCUGACACCCCUCAACUGGGGCUGGCACGCAGCGACGGUGCUGCUACGCACGAUCCUAUAUGCCGCGUCCUUUCUGCCAGCGGCAAUUCGGCCGACGAUGCUGACGACCCGACUGUCGGCCGCGCUGCAGGGAGGCGGCGGAGCGGCCGGGCGGCGGAUGUUGAUGCCGCGCGACGCGGCCGCACGGUUCAAGCGCGAGUUUGACGAGGAGCAUGGCGACAACAACCUGCCCUUCUUCGAGGGCGGGCUGGCGCAGGCCCACGACCUAGCCAAGAAGGAGCUCAAGUUUCUGCUGGUGGUGCUGCUCUCGCCCGAGCACGACGACACGGCAUCGUUUGUGCGCGAGACGCUGCUGGCGCCCGACGUGGCCGCCUUCGUGCGCGACCCGGCCAGCAACGUGGUGCUCUGGGGCGGCAACGUGCUCGACUCAGAGGCCUUCCAGGUGGCGCGCGAGUACAAGUGCACCAAGUUCCCCUUCUCGGCGCUCGUGUGCCUGACGCCGCGCGAGGGCAGCGCGCGCAUGGGCAUCGUCAAGCGGCUGGCCGGCCCCAUGCCUCCCGCCGCGUACCUGGCGGAGCUGCAGGGGGCGGUGGAAAAGUACGGCGCCGACAUGGCCGGCGUCCGCGCGGAGCGCAGCGCGCAGGAGUUUGCGCGGUCCCUGCGCGACCAGCAGGACUCGGCCUACGAGCGGUCCCUGGCUAUUGACCGGGAGCGGGCACGGGAGAAGAGGGAAGCGGCCGCCGCCGCUGCGGAGAAGGAGAAGCGCGCGCUGGAGGAGGCCAUGGCCGCGUCUAGGCGCCGCGAGCAGGCCGCGCUCUGGAGGGCCUGGCGCGCGAAGCAGAUCCGGCCGGAGCCCCCGGCGGGCGACAAGGAGGUGGUGCGCGUCGCUCUCAUGAUGCCCCAGGCGUCAGGCGCGGGCCGCAUCACCAGGCGUUUCGCCCAGGAUGCGCCGGUGGAGGAGCUCUACGCGUUCGUGGAGUGCUACGACAACCUGCGGAUCUCUACGGGUGCUGUUGAUGGUAGUAGUGAGGGGAAGCCGGUAGACUACGAGCACAAGUACAUGUUUCGCGUGGCGUCGACGCUGCCACGAGUCGUGUACGAGCCCAGCGAGACGGCGACGAUGGGGGCGACGAUUGGGCGGUCCGGCAACUUGAUCGUGGAGGAGCUAGAGGAAGGGGCUGACGAGGAUUGA